GUAAAAAAAGUUUCGAAUUUUUCGAAACUUUUUUUACUGCAAUAACCAAAACAUCCACUAAAGAAACAUAUGUACUUUUUUGAAGUCUCUUAGUGGCAGCAAAUAGCUUGUUGGAUGUGAUGGAAGGGCAAGCUUCUGGCCCAGAUGAUAAAAUCCUGCCAUUACCGGAUGAAUUUAUUGAAUUUCUGAAUGAGAAUGGAUUGGACCCUUCAAUUUAUGUUGCCAAUGAUUCCACCCCACGUUAUAUUAGGUUAAAGCCUGGUUUUGAAGCUCAUAUUGAAGAAUUUGAAUCCGAGAUUAAUUGUAAGCUUGAAAGAUUGUCCUGGCUGCCCAAUUUCUAUUGUCUUCCCCCUGACAUUAGGAUUGCCAGCUCAAAGGCAUAUCAAGAAGGAAAGAUAUAUGGAAUUGAUGCAGCAUCUGGAGCUGCUGUUUCUGCUUUGGACAUCACAUCAGGAGACCAUGUCCUUGACCUCUGUGCUGCUCCUGGGGCUAAACUAUGCAUGAUAUUGGACCUUCUUGGUGGUUCCGGUUCAGUGACAGGCGUUGACAUUGCACAACAUCGGUUAGCAGCAUGUCGAACUAUGCUGCAAAAGUAUGCACUUGGCGAUCGUUGUCGUCUUUUUGUGGCUGAUGGGACAACUUUUUCCCUUCUUCCUCUCAGGGUUCGUUUGAACUCUAAAUCAUUUGAACCAACCGAAUCCAUGCUUGAAGGAAAGUCAGAGAUUUACAAGGAGUGGACAUCUCGGAGACCAUGGAAAGAAAGAAAAAAGGCAUCUAAAGCAAGAGAAAAUGGUGCUUAUAAGUUAUUCUCACAAACUCACGAUCCAGAGCUUAUAUAUUAUGGGAGGGAUUCUGGGGUUGUUGGACUGAGUAAAAACAAAGUAUAUGAACAUCUGAAUGACUACAAGGUUUCAAAAUAUGGCUAUGACAAGGUCCUGGUGGAUGCUGAAUGCACACAUGAUGGUUCAAUUCGACAUAUCCAGAAAUUUGAACAAUGGGGGUGGGAAACUCUUCACCGCCGCGUUUUAGAUGCCGAGAGAACUGAUGAAUUGACCGCCCUUCAGCUUCAACUUCUAUCCAACGGUUUCAGAUUGCUCAAAGUAGGUGGAUCUCUUGUGUACAGCACUUGCAGUUUAACUGUUUCCCAGAAUGAAGGUGUGGUCGAGAAAUUCCUUUCUCAAAACAAAUCUGCUGGCUUGCUGGAGAUAGAUUCUGCAAGAACGUGGCCUUGUAAGAGCGGGCAGAUACCUAAAACCUUGCGCUUUGAUCCUAAUACAUCUUGUACGAGUGGAUUGUUUGUAGCCAAGUUCACGAAAUGGGAGAUUUAGUUCAGGGUUGGUCAUACAAGUCUGCUUCUGAACCAUAACUUAAUAAAAUAGAAGAAGAAAUCUGAUGCGAUUAUCUUUGCCUUGGCUGUAAAAAAACUGCAGCUUUCACCAUUGAAUGUGAAAAAUUUUGUCCAAAAAUAUAAAAUUUGCCUCAAUUCU